GAAAAGCCGGUUGAGAACUAAUUAUGAGAUCAGCUGACGUAGUGGAAACAUUGUAUAAGAUUGUAAAUGAGUGAGAUCGAUAGAGCGCAAAAUUUUCUAUCUUUCUACCUAGAAAAAUUAACUAUUGAACCUCAGACAAUUUGCUAAAAAUCUAAAAAAAUGAGGUGACAAAAGUACGUCGCAGUUCGACAACUCAGCACUCUUCAAUAUUUUGAAUGGUGCUCAAACGAGAAAAAUGCUCUCAGAGAUUCAAAUAGUAGGUUUUGUAGAGCUAGAAAUUCUCUAUCUUUUGGUAUGUAAAGAAACUUCUAAUUUGAAGAGGAAGUACGAAACAAAUGCAGUAACAUUUAGUUCAGUUUAUUAUGGUACACCAGUUAUCUUAUAUAUUAGUUUUAUUUUAUAAAUCCAUAACUAUUAGUAUGACAGAUACAUCUCAAACUCACCAGCCAAAUAAUCUUGAUCAAUUUUAUUUGGGUGUUGUUUCAAAAGAGCCAAGUCAACGAUUAGAAUGUUUUGCCGGAUUAGAGGAAUAUUUAAAGGAUCAAAAUAACACAUUGGAAUGCGAAGAUACAUACGGAUUUGUUAGUGGUUUAUUAAAAUGGGUUGAAUGUAGCAAUUAUAGGAUAGCAUUAAAUGGCUUGAAAGCUUUAGAAGCAUUUGCCGAAAGAUUAGGGGGUGAAUUUGAACGUUAUAUUGAUGAUGUUGUGUUAGCAUGUAUCGACCGGUUGGGUGAUUCGAAAGAUCAGGUUCGAAAUUACGCAUCAGAUCUAUUAACGAAAUUAAUGACAAUAUCCACAGCACAGCGUUUAUCAGCAUCAUUCGCCAUUGAUAAGACGGGUCGGCUUCUUCUUUCGUUUGUAUUUGGGGCAUCAUCUAUUCAAUUAAAUAAAUUAGUUCCAUUAAUUUGUAAGCUUGUCACAGAUUCGAAUGGACAGGUUCGACAACAAGCAGUUGAUACACUAGUGGAAAUAUAUCGACAUGUUGGUGAGAAAGUUCGAAAUGAUAUUGCUAAAAGAGAUAUUCCAGAAGCAAAAUUAAAAAUCUUAUAUGAAAAAUUUGAUGAUGUUGUGGCUAGCGGAAGAAUGUUAGCAAAAGAAGACAACUCAAAUGUGUCAUUUAUUGAUGGCGAAAGCAGGUGACGCCAGUUUCUUGUUAACAUAGGAAAUGAGGAGAAGUAGCAACAGAAUGUAGUGUAGAGCCAACAGAAAUGAUGAUGUUAUAAAUGAACUCGUGUCUCUUCUGAGGUCAGAAAUAAGUUAAGUUAAAUUAACAACAUCGAUUUUGAAAAAAAUGCAUGAACAUAUCAGCGGCGUAACCAGGAUUUUUAGUCCAAUGGGCAAACUUCUAUUGUAUCGGAAAAAAACGAUGGGCAAAAUGGGCAAGGUUUUUGUCGAUGGGCCAAAAGAUUUUUGGUCCAAAAAGACACAUAAAAAUGAAAUGAGA